AGGGAUUAAUUUUUGUUGAAAAACUUAUAAAACACACAAGGUAACUUUUCCCUUUCAACCGAACUUUCCUAUGCAUAGGAGACUCCUUUUGGUAGCAGUCAAAAAUCGAACUUCUAACCAACUGCUUGAAGAACCCAAAACUCUUACCACUUUGAAGCAAUUAUAUUCUCUCUUUAUCAUUUACACCCUUCUUCAAAUAUAUGGUCUUUCUUUACUCUAAAACAAAACACAUUGAAGUAGAAAACAAAUACCACAAAGAAACCAAACACCCAAUGGAAAACCAAAGAAAAAACCAUGUACCACAUUGUUUAGUGUUACCAUAUCCAUUACAAGGCCAUAUAAAUCCUAUGCUCCAAUUCUCUAAACGUUUAGUUCAACAAGGAGUAAAAGUAACACUAGUAAACACAAUUUCCAUUUGGAACAAAAUCAACAAAAACAACCUAGAUCUCAAUUCAAUUGAAAUUGAAAGCAUCUCAGAUGGUUAUGACAAUGGAGGACUUUCAUCAGCAGAAAACAUGGAAUCUUACAAAGAAACUUUCUGGAAAAUUGGACCAAAAACACUUUCUCAACUUCUUCAAAAACUUCAAAGUUCAAACAACCCUGUUGAUUGUGUUAUCUAUGAUGCUUUCUUACAUUGGACUUUUGAUGUUUCCAAGAGUUUUGGAAUCCCUGUUGGUGUUUUCUUAACUCAAGCUUGUUCUGUUAAUAAUAUCAAUUUUCAUGCUUUUGAGAAAUGGAUUGAGUUACCAAUUUCAAAGAGUGAAAUUAUUUUGCCUGGAUUGCCUAAGCUUGAAGCUUCUGAUUUGCCAUCUUUCUUGUAUCAAUAUGGAACCUAUCCUGGUUACUUUGAUAUUCUUACAAACCAAUUUUCAAAGAUUGAUCAAGCUGAGUGGGUUCUUGUCAACACUUUUUAUGAACUUGAGCCAGAGGUUGUCGAUUGGUUGGCGAAGAAAUGGCGAUUAAAGACGAUAGGACCAUGUGUUCCAUCCAUGUUCUUAGACAAAAGACUCAAAGAUGACAAUGACUAUGGGAUAAGCACUUUUGGUCCAAAUUCUGAAGCUUGCAUCAAAUGGCUAGAUAAUAAACCAAAAGAUUCAGUUGUCUAUGUCUCUUUUGGAAGUUUGGCAGGUCUAAGUGAGGACCAAACAAAGGAAAUAGCUUAUGGAUUAAGAGAUUGUGAAAUGUAUUUCAUAUGGGUUGUUAGAGAUUCAGAAAAGGGAAAGUUUCCAAAAGAAUUUUUGGAUUUAUCAUUAGAGAAAGGAUUAAUUGUCAAUUGGUGUCCACAACUACAAGUGUUAACACAUGAAGCUGUUGGUUGUUUCGUGACACAUUGUGGUUGGAAUUCGACAUUGGAAGCUUUGAGUGUUGGAGUUCCUGUUAUUGCGAUGCCACUUUGGACCGAUCAAAUCACAAAUGCAAAGUUUAUUGUUGAUGUAUGGAAAAUUGGAGUUAAAGGUAUUGCUGAUGAGAAAGGGGUUGUUAGAAGAGAAACAAUUAAGGAUUGUAUAACGGAAAUAAUGGAGACGGAAAAGGGAAAUGAAAUGAAGAAGAAUGCCGUUAAUUGGAAGAGUCUCGCCAAGAUAGUGGUUGAUGAAGGUGGAAGUUCUGAUAAGAAUAUUGUUGAGUUUUUGAAUGAAUUGACACUCCGCUAAGUUACAUAGCUUGUACCACAACUAAAAGGAUUUUCCGUAGUUCGGAUGUUCCUGCAUUUGUUGUUAGUGUAUUGAUAAUCGUUUGAUUGAUCAAUUACAAUUUACAAAUUACGCAGAUUUUCA